AUGUCUCGUACAUGUAGGGGGAGUGGCGCACUUCCGGGUUCGUCGUGCCCGAAGAUUCACCCCUUUAAGAAGGUACGAGCUGUUGUCUCCUGAAGAACAAGAACACCAAGACCUUCCCCUCUCCCUGUAGCAUCUUAGCAGGGCCUACCGUCUUACAACAUGGAUCAGCGGGCGUACGGGGGCGAUUCAGAGUUCCCACCCCUGGAGCCGGGGAAGCUUCGUCUCUAUGGCAACCGCUUCUGCCCCUUUACGGAGAGGGUGCGGCUGGUACUUGCUGCCAAGGGUGUGGAGUAUGAGCAAGUGAAUAUCAGGCUCCGUGACAAGCCCAAGUGGUACUUGGAAAAAUUCCCUGCUGGCAGGACUCCAGGCCUGGAGCAGGAUGACCACCUGCUGUGGGAGUCGAUCGUCAUCUGUGAAUAUCUGGAUGAGACGUUCAGCCAGAAUGUCCUGUUCCCGAAGGUCCCAUAUGACAAGGCCAGGAUCAAGCUGCUCGUCAGCGCUUUUGACCCAGUGGUUCCACUCGGUGCAUAUCCAGCGUACUGUAAGUCCACGGCAACAGACAAGGAGGCAGAGGAAGCCCUACUGACAGGGUUGGAGCCACUGGAGGCUGAAAUCACCCAACUGGGCACACCUUUCUUUGGGGGCAACAAACCCAGAAUACUGGACUUCCUGGUCUGGCCAUGGUUCGAACGUUUUCCAGCCUUCCAAGAACUGAGCGGAUUCCACCUGAGUGAUCAGCGAUUUCCUAACCUUAACAGGUGGAUGGAGAGGAUGUAUGGGCAGAUGGCUGUGCAGGUGUGCAUGCACGCCACCCAGCUGCACGUCCAGGCAGUGCAGCUCUACAAGGACAACAAGUCCUUCCAUGAUGUAGGACUGGACUGAUGAUCAGGGGACUCAGGAGUCAAGACUGAUCCAUUCCUAGGAUAAUGGACAACCAGAUAUGAUUAGAAACCUAACAGGAUACAUAUUGGUCAAUAGCUGGUUGUAUAUAUCAUUAUGUCUGUCUGAUGAGGAACGUUUAUAAGGUCAUGAUAUCUUGUUGAUAGAGAUGUUGUUGUUUAUCAACUUAAAUAUUGUCAUGAUAUGCUUAUUAGCCAGGAAUAAAGAAGAAAUUACAUUGUUAGCAUGUACUGAUGUCAAUGGUGCGGAUUGAGCUACUAUCUUAAAAAGCAUGCUAAGGUAGCCAUUUGGAACCAAACUUGUAUUGGUUAUGGAGUUAGGCAGAGGCAGCCAUACUGUAUUUAACUAAAAAGGACAAUAACAGAACAAUCAUGGUAACUGUUGUAACAUUGUGGUGCUGUUGCAUGUAAUUUAUGUGUAACUAGACAGAUACAAAUGAGCCUUACCCACACAUUCCCUGAUGUCCUUUUAAGACCCAUUCAGGCAAAGUAAGUACUUUUCAAAUAUUGUAACCUUAAUUUUAAUGUUUAACAUACUGUAACAGUCUGCAAUAUGUGUGUGUGUCUGAUAAAGUAUACUCAGUACCUUUUCUGGUGAUACCAUGUUGUGUGUUCACAGCAUCAGUUACUGUUUCUAGUUCUUUGGUUUCAUUCCAUUUAUAUCGGAAAAUGUGAAAUGUUUCUUAUAACGUUAUAAAUGAUAAUUGUGAGCAUUAUGAUGUCUCAAUUUGAAAGGUGAUUCUUGGUGUUUGAAAUAAAAGUUUUCAAGAACUGUAUGGUACAACCACAUUACUUAUCUUUUAAAGCCUUGAUACUAGCCAGACAUCAUUAUCUGCUGUGGCCUGUAAAAGAAUGCCCAUUUUAUGGUCAAUUAAUUCACAGGGCUGUUU